AUGGCCACUGCAUCGUCACUAGCAUUUACCAACAUGGAAGUCCCUGGUCUUGAUGACACGAUGGAGAUGGCUUCUCCCUAUCAGGGUCAUGUGGAUGAUUUUGACAUUGACCUCGAUGUCAUGGAAGACCAAGCCUCAAAUGCCGACAAAGAUAUGACUGCAGCCGACGAUUACCCGGAUACAUUACAUGAUGAGGAUAUAAACCAAGAUGGACCGAGAGAUGCCGAUAUGAUAGAUGACGUCGCCGAACCAACUAUGGUCGACGCUGACGAUCAAUAUCAGGAGGCGAGUCACAAUGUAGAGAUGCAAUAUGGGAUAGAGGAGUCACAUGAGGAAGAAAUGCUGGAAGAUGAAUAUGUUGACGAUGCCGAUACUGCAGCCCCCGAAUAUCAGGACGUCCAGGUUUGUGACAACACAGAUAAACCAGGCACAGAAGAAGCGGGGUCGGCUGAAUAUCCCGUCGCGGGAGACCAUGCUCAGGAGCCUGCGGUAGGGGCUCAUCUUGAAGCGAAACCCAAGUAUCACGAUGGAAAUGGUCAUGAGUUACAGGGAGCCCUCGAUCAGCGCAACGAUGAUGCAGAUCAACCCCCUGAUACGCAUCAGCCUGAAAUCGCUGGAGACACCAUCAACAGCACUAACGAAACAGAUCAAGUAGAUUCCGCGUUAAAGCCUCUUGAUGCCGCGAAGACCCGUCCGGAUCCAGGUCAUCCUGAGGGCUCUGAUGAUUAUAACGAAGGCAGCGACGAGCAUGCUAGUCAGAUCUCGCAGCCUGUUGAAGAGCAUGGUGCAGCAGGAGAUGAAGGUACAGACGAGCAAGCAGCACAGGAUCUCGGCCUGCAAGGGCCUGAACAAUUGUCGGAGCAUGAGCCUGAUACGACGGGCCAGGUGGCUCUGCAUCCUGUGAAGGUCUAUUAUCAGGACAAUGAGAUUUCCCUAUUUCCCCCGCACGAGGGUGAUUCUUCGGAGACUUUUUUCCUCGAAGAUGAGAGCCUUGCUUACGAACCCCUCGGGAAACUUUUCGAGUCUUGUCGCGAGGUCCUUUAUGAGCAUGUUGGAGAGAAUGAAACUCUCGUGCUAGACAUCGAGUCAUUGAAUCUACAGCUCAUGGAGGACUCCACACAUAUCUCGAAGGUGACCUUGCACCAGAUUAUCGAUGUUUAUCUGCGCCUCUGCCACAAUGACGGAAUCGAGUCCCCCGAGCCGCUAUAUCUUACUUUGAGUACAAAGUCGACUAUUUCAGCGGAAGUCUCAAAUCUGCUACUGGCUGCGAGCGAAGGAAAGGGGCUGUCCGAGAUUAAUUUGUGGGAUGAUUACCAGGAAGUUGAUGAACAGCUCGGGGAGGUCUCCGAAGCUCAUGACGAAGGAGCUCAUGACGAAGAAGAAGAAGAAGAAGAAGAAGAAGAAGAAGAAGAAGAAGAAGAAGAAGAAGAAGAAGAAGAGAAAGAAGAAGCUCAGGGUCAAGAAGAAGAGCCCAUAUCACCAAACCGCCCAAUGACCAACCAGAAUGUUGAUGCUCGCGAAUUGCAGGCUGCAUCAGAUGAAGAUGAGUCUCACCAUGACAUACAGGACAAUGGAGAGGCAUUUAAAGCCCAGGAGCUCGUAGGCAACGACACAGCUUCUUUGGCGAAGCGGAGCUCUAGUGUUGCUCCCGCCACCGAUGUCCAAGAGGACGAACUGAAUGAAGAGGGAGAGGUUGAAGAUGCCAAUGAUCCCGAAUUUGACAAGGGUACCGCCAGUAACGAAGAGGCAGCUCAUGAAGAAUCAAACGAUUCUGAAGAGCAACAGACAGAUACAACUGUCACUAUGACUCAUCUCCCUGGAGCCGAUAUGAACGAUGAGCUGGAAAACAAGGAUGGCUCUGCCAGUCCCGUGCAUAAUGACCAGACAGAUCGUGACCUUGGGAAUGAGCAUUCUGAGAUUGACAAAAGUGGCGAGGAGAAUCUUGAACGGACAGGUCCUGUGGAACUAGAAGUCCCUGAAGGUCCUGGCGUUAGUGAUGAUGAGAGACAAGACAGUGGCUCCGUCAAACCUGUCGUCGGAGAUUCUCGCACAGAACAGUCGUUAGCGGGCCAUGGUGGUCCUUCAAUUGACGAUGCCGUCGACAAUGUUGAAGAACAUAGUCAGGAUCUGGAAGAGAGUUCCACAGCUGGUGACGACGACUAUCUGCACAAGGAUUCGGAAUCAGUUCCGAAUUUGCAGGUAUCAGAGAGACAAGAACGUGAUACUCCAGAUCCUGCCAACGAUACGCUUGGUUUCGUAGAAGAUCUGUUCGAGAGUCCUUCCAAAGGUUCUAAGAACAAGGAUGGAAAUCUCGACGACACUAGUGAAUUUGGCAAGAAUCAUGAUGAGUUCGAGGAUGAUACUCCAGCCGAAAUUCUCCGCCAGCAUGACGAUGAGUUGCCGCUCGACGAUGAAGAGUAUAUCGAUUUGGGGUUUGCCGAUGGUCCCGAUACUGUCGACGAAAGCCCGGUCUCCGGCUUGAGAUCUCUCGAUAACGGAGCUUCGAAACGAUCCCGCGACCCGGAAGAUGAGUUUGAUAUCGCCGAGAAUGCCUCACCAGACCUCAAGCGCUCUCGAUCCUCAUGA